AUGAACCUCGCACCACCCGUGAUCCCACCUCGAGCCAGGUCACGCCCGGCAGGAACGAGACGUACAGACAGACCUGAUCUGAGCAUCGAAAGAAAGGGGUCGGCCGAGACGAUCGAUUCUAUUGAGUAUGUAGUAGGAGGGAAGGGUCAGGAGAAUGUGGGCGUGAAUCAGAAUGCUGGGAAGACAAGUUUAAGGUCGGAAUCGGAGCCAGAGGAAACGACUCGACAGAUCGUAAACUCGAUCAAUCAGCAUCGCCCUCAGCUAGUCGACAAUCACCAUACGCCGCUUCCUGCCGUCAUACAACUACACUCGCCGACGGUCGAGAGCUACGAAACGCUCGGAGAGCGAGAUCGACCUGUCUUGGACAGUGCACUAGGACCGGCCAAGACCGGAGGAUUGGAUCAUCAACGAUACUCGAUCUUGAGCAAUACCACCAUCAAGCCGGAUACUACCCCGACAAUUCCCCAGGAACCCGUCGUUCCUUCUUCUUCUACAGAAAAGCGGAGGAAGCCUUCUGCUUCUUCCUUGGUCAUUCCAGAACGUAGCACAUCGAGAUCUCAACCUCCGUCACAAUCUCGAUCUGGACCUCAUCAACCGCCAGCAUCUACAACCAUCUCCCCCUUCUCCAGCCCACAAUUCCCAGACGGGUUCGAAAUCCUCACACAACCCUACACAAGCUCCAGCCCAGGUUUAGGAUCAGGGCUCCAUCCUAACCUCGGCAAUGAGUCCCAGCCUCCUAUGCUCAGAGCGAGUCGGAGCGACAGUAGCGAUUUAGAGGUUUCCAGCAUGACCACGGGGACGAGCGGGUUCCCGAGUCCCGCGGUAACUCCUCCAUACGGGUCGCCAUUCAACGGGACCCCUAUGAACACGGGUACGAAUUCGAACACGAGUAUGAACUCAAUACCCAGCUCUAGUUCGGGUUCGAGUUCGCACCCGGAUCCUGGACAGACCCAUCUGAACGCUCUCCCGAAACUGUCUUCGAGAAACUCUUCCUCGUCAUUCUUCAAACGGCCUUACCCGGUUCUACCGUCUUCUUCCUCCGCUUCCAUUCAUUCGGUUUCAUCAGCUCACCAUAACAAUUCCCACUCGAGAGGAUCGACGACGCCGUCCCUUGCAGGACACACUAGCGCUGCGGGUUACGUCAAUGCCCGGUUAGCCAGGGAAGAAGAGAGGAAAGCCGAACUGGGACUCAAGAGGGACAAGGAGAACAAGGAGAAGGAAAGGGUCGGGCUAGUCAAGGACGAAUACAAGAUCGUAGAUGGGGUUGAAAAGAAACGGAGCACGUCAGGGGUGUAUACACCGGCAACUUUUCCGGGAGCGACAGGCAAGAAAUCCAGGACCCCAUCUAUGACCUCUCAAAACGGUCUCCCUACGCCUAAAACCCCCGAAACGCCCUACUCGUUCCAAAUGCACACUCCACCCCCACUCCCAGACUCGGCAACGAGCAAUUACUUUUCGCGGACGCUCUCCGGCGUCAGUCCCGGUGCGGGCGGAUCUUCGCCGAGAUAUACAGGGCAAGAUGGGACGUCGUUGGGGAAGAAGAGGAGCAUCAUCGGGGCGCUCAAAUCGCCCUCGUUCACCGGUGUCAAGUCGGCCAUGUCGGACGGCUGGAGACGGUCUUCAGCCGAUGCGGUAUCGGGUCAGCCGUAUACGUCUUACCGACAAGAAGACUUGUCGAGCCUCCCUCAACCUAGACAUGGGAGUGCAUCUUCCGGCACGGGAAUGAGAACGGGGCCGACGUUCGGGCUCGAAUUGCCAGUCGAUCGGUCGAGGAGCGUUUCCGACCAGAUGCCAUAUUCGAUGGCAAAUCAAAGGCAGACGGCACGAGAUGGCCUAGGACUAGGGUUCGGAGAGGGGUUAUCGCUUGAUGACAAAUCAAUGCAUACGUCGACUGAACCUCCCUCCGAAUAUGCAUCGGCACGCACGUCGUUAGACUAUCAUAGUGUGCCUCCACCAGCGUUGUCUGCGUCGAAUACUCGGCCGAGAAACGUCAAGAACCUCUCGCUUCCGCUAUCCAACAUGCAUGGCGUGGUCGAAAAGCUCGAGGAAAGCUCGGUGAACACGCCGUCAGCGGAGCCGUUCUCAGCAAAUAGUGUGGUGUUAGGAACCGUGGCAAAGGGGGUCAGGAGAAAGCCUGUUCCGCAAUGCUGA